AUGCAGGCGAAGGUGGGCGCCGUCGGGGCGGCCGGGACUGCGGCGGGCGGGGGGAGCGCGGUGCGGGCACUGCUGACCCUGGGUUUCCUGAGAGCAGAGGGGUUCAUUUUCUCCACCAAGCAUUGGCUGGCACCAGGUUGGCUGUUCCCUCCUGGGUUUGGGACGCUCCCAGCUGGGAGGUUGGAAACAUUUCGCUCUGACAAUCAUCUCCCUCCUCAGGGGUGGACCAACAGCAUCAACCAGGACAGAAAGACGUCCCUGCUCGCCUGGGAGAAGGAGACCGGCAUCGAGCUGGUGCAGAUCAACGGGCAGCGGCGCUACGGGGGGCCACCCCCAGGCUGGGUGGGCGACCCUCCGCCCGCCGGCACCGAGGUGUACAUCGGGAAGCUGCCGCAGGACCUGUACGAGGACGUCCUGAUCCCGCUCUUCCAGAGCGUGGGGAAGCUCUACGAGUUCCGCCUCAUGAUGACCUUCAGCGGGCUCAACCGGGGCUUCGCCUACGCCAAGUACAGCAGCCAGCGCGGCGCCAGGGACGCCAUCGCCGCCCUCAACCGCUACCCGGUGCGCCAGGGCUGCGCCAUCGUGGUGUGCUGGAGCACGCAGAAGCGGGAGCUGAGCGUGGACGGCCUGGCCGCCUCGGUGAGCCAGCAGGAGCUGGAGGCCACGCUGCAGAGGGCCACCCAGGGCGUCCUCAGCGUCACCCUGCACGCCAGCCCCCACCAGAGACAGGCCAAGCUCGCCGUGCUCAAGUACAGCUCGCACCAGGCUGCUGCCCUGGCCAAGAAAGCCCUGAUGGAAGGGAACCUGAGGCUCAGGGGAUCAGGGAUGAGAGUGGAGUGGCUGCACCCUGACCUGAAGCAGAAGCUGCAGCUGUGGGAAGAGAGGCCACCAGCCGGCCAGGUGCAGGAGGACAAGAGCCUGGCAGUGCCCAAGCCACUGGCCCUGCCUCCAGCCGUGCAGAACAUGUUGGACCACCUGAACACCCUGUGCAGGAGGCAACGCCUGGGGACGCCCCUGUUCCUCACUAAGUGCAUCCGGGUGAACCCCAACGGGUGGCUGCAGUUCUGGUACCAGGUGCAGAUCCCGGGGUACCCCAUGCCCUUCAGUGGGUUCACGUGGGUCCGGCAGGAUGGGCAGAGCCAGAGCAGGCACGAGGAGGCCAAGGCUGCAGUGGCGCUGCACAUGCUCCGUGUGUUAGCAGAGUCCCAGCUGGCAUAGGGAGCUGCUCUGCUGGAGCCACAACUGAGCCUGAGUUACCAGCUGCGGUGCUGCCAGCGGUGUCCGAGCCCUGCCGGGGCCUCGGCCCUGUUCCAGCUUUUCUUUGGGUUUGUUUGCAUCGGUUUUGGAGCUGGCUCUGGAGGAUCAGGGCUGCUGUCCUGGUCCCCAGCAGCCACCCUGUCCCCAGCCAGCUUUUGCAUUGUUUUGGGCAUGGUGGUUUUUCUGCCCAGUUUGUCUUGUUUUACACUGGUUUGUGCUGAGGUGGAGGAGCCCAGCGCAUGUUCUGGAGGAGCAGCAGCUGCUUGGAAAGGCUGCCAGUGUUGGAUGCCAGCACGGUGGACGUGUGGACGAGGUGAGGAGAAGGCCACACACAGGGAUCAUCCUGGUGCCCACGGACGUUCCGCGGGCUGGAGGAGCUGCUGUCCAAGGAAGGGAGUGCCUGCGGGCUGUUUGCUGUUGCACCAUGUCCAGGAAGCAGCCGUGGUCAUUCCCGGCUGUCCAUGAAUGAUUCCUCAGGACUGGGAAGUCCAGCCACAUGUUGUUCAUUUGGGAUUAAAGAAUUUU